CGUUACUCCAUUUUUGGCUUCGUCUUCAACUCAUCGUUGCAGCCUCCCUUUCUAAGUUUUUGAUUUUUGCUUCUCUUUGUUCGUAAAGCCAAUUUCAAAGAGUCAAUAUGUCUGGUGAUGAGGCUGUUGCACCUGUUGUUCCUCCGGUUGCUGAGGCAGCUGCGAUCCCAGAGGAUAUGGAUCUGAUGACUGCAGUGCAGUUGACAGUAAGGAAAGCUUGUGCUCAUGGUGGUGUGGUUCGUGGUCUCCAUGAAAGUGCUAAGCUUAUUGAGAAGCGUGUCGCUCAGCUCUGUCUCUUGGCUGAAGAUUGCAACCAACCUGAUUAUGUCAAGCUGGUUAAAGCUCUUUGCGCUGACCACAACAUCAACUUGCUUACAGUUCCAAGUGCCAAAACCCUCGGUGAAUGGGCUGGUCUCUGCAAGAUUGAUUCAGAGGGCAAUGCUAGGAAGGUUGUUGGAUGCUCUUGUCUUGUAGUCAAGGAUUACGGUGAGGAGACAACUGCUCUAAACAUCGUCAAGAAGCACAUUGAAUCAAACUAAAUCAAGCAAAGGUCAAGUAUCAGAUGCUUUCACCCAAUGAAGCGCAUUUUUUUAACUUUUGGUCACUCUCUUUUUUUCCUCUUGUGUUCUUUGUUUUUGAUAUGUAAUACUCGGUAGAGAUUUUCUUUUGGAACAUGAAGUUUUGACGUUAUGUAGGCUCUAUCAAUUUCAUCUUGCUCAUUAUCA